AGAAGCCCGUUGGGCCAAGAAAUUAACACUGUAAUGUUAAUUAUAGCUGGCUUGCUAGGCCUUUUCUCUCGCCUCCUAUUUCGAUCCCCGUCUGAUUCAAUUUUCCAUUUCUAUUAUUGAUUUAAAACAUAAUGUUUUCGUAAUUAAUAAUCCAACUGUAAAUUAUUACUUGAAAUCAGUGUUGUUUUCCCCAUUUUUUAAGGUAAAAUUACAUUGUAAAUGAGUUGAGGACUCUAUAAGGUCAAGUAAGUGGUUGUAAUUAUAAAAUGGAAGAAAAAGAAGAAACAAGGGACCGUAGAGGAUUUUCUGGUGGGAAUUCUGAAACUCGUGGUGAAGGAAAUGGUGCAGACCAUAGUGUAGGAACAUCCAUUACAGAAAAAGUUGAGAUACAUAGUAAUAUUGCAGAUAAUGAGGGUAUCAAUGUAGUUUUGGAAGGAGUUGAUUCAUCUCCUCCUCUUGUAGACGAUGAUCUUUUUGAGCAUGUUCCGCUGAAAGAAAAUAAUAAAAUUGCUGAGGAUGUGCAUGGGUCUUUUAGUCCAGAUAAUUUGAGACAUUCAUCUGGUGGAAGUGAGGAAACAUUCGAGUUUUCCUUUGGAAACGCUUCGACCUCUGGAUUUAACUCUCCCCAUGAUGCAGAGGUGCAUCAUAAUCACCAUUUUUCAAGCCCAGGGCCCCAGGGAGAUUCGACUAAUAACAUUACAGUACCAUCCUCUUCUGCUAGUCUUGAUUCUGCUCUGCAUUUCCAUGUAGAUAGUGGAUACUCUCCUGCUGAGUCUCCUCAAAAGACCAAGCCUAAACAGGUUACGCUUAAUGUGUCUCCGGAACUAUUGCAUUUAGUAGAUUCUGCUAUAAUGGGAAAAACAGAAAGCUUGGAAAGGCUGAAGAAUAUUGUGAGUGGUGUUGAGAUUUUUGGGAAUGGAGAGGAGGCUGUUAAGAUUGCUUACUUGGUAGUUGAUUCCCUUCUUGCCACAAUGGGAGGUGUUGAGUCUUUUGAAGAGGAUGAGGAUGGCAAUCCUCCUAGUGUUAUGCUGAACUCUAGGGCUGCCAUUGUGUCAGGUGAGCUCAUUCCUUGGCUUCCUGCUGUUGGGGAUUUUGAGGAUUUCAUGUCUCCUAGGACUCGGAUGGUAAGAGGAUUGCUUGCUAUAUUGCGUGCUUGCACUAGGAACAGACAUAUGUGCUGUGUGGCUGGUUUAUUGGGGGUGCUGCUUCACUCAGCUGAGAGAAUCUUUGUUCACUAUAUUGGUUCACCGGAUAAAUCAAAUUGGGAUGGAACUCCUCUUUGCUCCUGCAUUCAGUACUUAGCUGGUCAUUCUGUUAGUCCAAGCGACCUGCAUCAGUGGCUUCAUGUCAUUACAAAACUACUUACCACCCCAUGGGCAUCUCGUUUAGUUCUUUCUCUUGAGAAAGCUAUGGCUGGAAAAGAGGUCAGAGGUCCUGCAUGUACCUUUGAGUUCGAUGGUGAAAGCUCUGGUCUGCUUGGUCCAGGGGACAGCCGAUGGCCUUUUACUAAUGGAUUUGCAUUUGCAACUUGGAUUUACAUUGAGUCAUUUGCAGAUAAUUUAAGCACUGCAACUACGGCUGCUGCAAUUGCAGCUGCAGCUGCUGCUACGUCAGGGAAAUCAUCUCCUAUGUCAGCUGCUGCUGCUGCUAGCGCUCUAGCUGGUGAAGGCACAGCACACAUGCCUCGGCUGUUCAGUUUCUUAUCUGCUGAUAAUCAAGGGAUGGAGGCCUAUUUCCAUGCACAAUUUUUGGUUGUUGAAUGUGGAAGUGGGAAGGGGAGGAAAUCUUCUUUGCAUUUUACUCAUGCGUUCAAGCCGCAGUGUUGGUACUUUAUUGGACUUGAACAUACUUGCAAGCAGGCGCUUCUUGGAAAGUCAGAGAGUGAGCUAAGAUUGUACGUUGAUGGUUCCCUGUAUGAAAGUCGUCCUUUUGAUUUCCCUCGAAUUUCAAAGCCACUUGCAUUUUGCUGCAUUGGGACUAACCCUCCGCCGACUAUAGCUGGUUUACAACGUCGUCGUCGUCAAUGCCCUUUGUUUGCUGAGAUGGGGCCUGUAUAUAUUUUUAAGGAACCUAUUGGGACAGAUAGAAUGGCACGGUUGGCUUCCAGAGGAGGGGAUAUGCUGCCUUCUUUUGGCAGUGGGGCUGUGUCACCAUCGCUAGCUACAAAUAACCAUGUCCAAAGUAUGGCACAGGACAGUUCAUUUCUGGAUGCAGAGAUUGCUGGAUGUCUUCAUCUACUAUAUCAUCCUAACUUACUAAGUGGCCGGUACUGUCCAGAUGCUUCGCCUUCUGGUACUGCAGGCAUGCUCCGAAGACCUGCGGAGGUUCUUGGUCAAGUGUAUGUCGCUACGAGAGUACGGGCAACGGAAGCUCUGUGGGCCCUUGCUCAUGGAGGUCCAAUGUCCUUACUUCCACUAGUGGUGAGCAACAUGCAUGAGACUAGCCUGGUACCACUCCAAAAUGACCUCUCUUUGUCAUCGUCCACUACUACUCUUGCUGCUCCCAUAUUAAGAAUUAUCUCUUUGGCCAUCCAGCACCCUGGGAACAGUGAAGAGUUGUGUCGCAGAAGAGGCCCUGAAGUUUUAUCAACAAUCUUAAAAUAUCUCCUGCAAACUAUGUCGUUGCUUAACGUUUCAAAUGACUAUGGAGUUGGAUAUGAGGAACUUGUUGCUGCAGUUGUCUGUAUAUGCCAGUCUCAGAAGUUUAACCAUUCACUCAAAGUGCAGCUUUUUAGUACAUUGUUACUUGAUCUCAAAAUUUGGAGUUUAUGUAGCUAUGGACUACAAAAAAAGCUUCUGUCAUCACUUGCAGAUAUGGUAUUCACCGAGUCAUCUGUGAUGCGAGAUGCUAAUGCUAUUCAGAUGCUUUUAGAUGGUUGCAGGAGAUGCUACUGGUCCAUUCGGGAAAGUGACUCUGUGAAUACGUUUUCCAUUAAUGAGGAUGCCCACCGUGUUGGUGAGGUCAAUGCUUUGAUUGAUGAACUAUUAGUGGUUAUUGAACUUUUAGUUAUGGAUGCUGCUCCAUCCGUGGCUGUGGAGGAUGUUCGGUGUUUGCUUGGGUUCAUUGUUGACUGCCCUCAACCAAAUCAGGUUGUCAGGGUGCUGCACCUGAUAUAUAGGUUGGUGGUUCAACCAAAUACGUUCAGGGCUCAAACCUUUGCCGAGGCAUUUAUAUCAUCUGGUGGCAUAGAAACACUUCUUGUUCUUUUGCAGCGUGAAGCAAAUGCUGGAGAUAUAGAUGUUCCAAACUUUUCAUCCAAGAGUGAUGAAACUUUAUCAUCCCAGAAAACCGAAGAAGAUAUUGGGGACAGGACUUCAGAAGACAUUGGUUGUGAUGAUACAGGACCUAUGGUUAAAAAUGAUUUAACUUCAGAGGCAAAGGCUCAUGAACCCGAGUCUUUUGAUGGCUCAACGAUAUCUAAUUCUCGAAGGAUGUCAUCUAUCCCUGAACAUCCUUUUAUUAAAAAUUUGGGUGGCAUAAGUUUUUCAAUAAGUGCUGAAAAUGCAAGGAAUAAUGUGUAUAACAUUGACAAAAGUGAUGGUAUCAUCGUUGGUGUUAUUAACCUCUUGAGUGCUUUAGUAAUAUCUGGAUAUCUUAAAUUUGAUAAGCCUGUUCCCCCAGAUGUAACUAACAACAUUCUUGGCGUGAUUGAGGGAGGAGCUACCAUGUUUGAUGAUAAGAUCUCCCUCCUCCUUUUUGGUUUACGAAAGGCUUUCGAAGCAGCUCCAAACAGGCUUAUGACGAGCAAAGUAUACACUGCUUUAUUGGCUGCCUCGAUAAACUCAUCUUCAACAGAUGAAGGACUAUACUUGUAUGAUUCAGGUACUCGCUUUGAGCAUCUGCAACUAUUGUUGGUUCUUCUUCGUUCCCUCCCAUACGCAUCGAGCUCGUUGCAAAGUCGAGCAUUACAGGAUCUUCUGAUUUUGGCUUGCAGUCAUCCAGAAAAUAGAAGCAGUCUUACUAAAAUGGACGAAUGGCCUGAGUGGAUUUUGGAGAUUCUAAUAUCUAAUCAUGAGAAAAGUGGAAGUAAAAAUAGGAAUUCAUCCAGCACGAGAGAUGUAGAAGACUUUAUACACAAUUUCUUGAUUAUUAUGUUAGAGCAUUCUAUGCGCCAGAAGGACGGAUGGAAGGAUAUUGAAGCUACAAUUCAUUGUGCAGAAUGGCUUUCUAUGGUUGGCGGUUCUAGCAUUGGAGAUCAAAGGAUUAGACGUGAAGAAUCAUUGCCCAUCUUCAAAAGAAGGCUUUUGGGUGACUUGCUGGACUUCUCUGCAAGAGAACUACGGGAUCAGACUCAAGUUAUUGCUGCAACAGCAGCUGGUGUGGCAGCUGAGGGAUUGUCACCUAAGGAUGCAAAGGUGCAAGCAGAGAAUGCUGCUCAGCUUUCUGUAGCUUUGGUUGAGAACGCAAUUGUGAUUUUGAUGCUUGUUGAAGACCAUUUACGAUUACAAAGCAAACUUUAUAGUGCUUCACGUUUUCCAGCUAUAUCUUCUUCCCCUCUUUCAAAUAUUUUGCCAGUGGGCAACCACUCUUCAACCACGGUGGGUGGAGAAACUCUUGAAUCAGUGACUGCUCGUAACUCAACAUCUAGUAACUCUAAAGGACUCUCUCUUGACGUUCUUGCUUCAAUGGCUGAUGCUGAUGGGAAAAUUUCUCCAGCAGUAAUGGAUCGGCUUACUGCUGCUGCUGCAGCAGAACCUUACGAAGCAGUUAAAUGUGCUUUUGUAUCGUAUGGAAGCUGUGUUGUAGAUUUAGAAGAAGGAUGGAAAUACAGGAGUCGACUGUGGUAUGGUGUUGGCCUUCCUUCAAAGGCAUCAGAGUUUGGUGGUGGUGGUAGUGGCUGGAAAUCUUGGAAAUCUGCACUGGAGAAAGACACUAGUGAAAACUGGAUUGAGCUUCCAUUAAUAAAAAAGUCAGUUGCAAUGCUUCAAGCAUUACUAUUAGAUGAAUCUGGACUUGGUGGUGGUCUUGGUAUUGGGGGAGGAUCUGGUACUGGAAUGGGAGGCAUGUCACCACUUCACCAGUUAUUAGACAGUGACCAACCAUUCCUAUGUAUGCUCCGGAUGGUGCUUGUUUCAUUGAGGGAAGAUGAUGAAGGUGAUGACCGUAAGCUCAUGCUCAGUAUGGAAGAUAGAUCACUGGAGAAUUUAGGUCGACAAACCAGCAGUAUUGCAUCUUUUGAUGCAAACACCCAAAUGUCAAUGAGAAAACCACGAGCUUCAUUGCUGUGGAGUGUGUUAUCUCCUAUCCUGAUAACGUCGAUUUCUGAGUCAAAAAGACAGCGAGUUUUGGUUGCAUCAUGCGUUCUAUAUUCUGAGGUGUGGCAUGCUAUUGGCAAGGACCGGACGCCUCUGCGCAAACAGUAUCUAGAGGUCAUUUUACCUCCAUUUGUUGCUGUUUUAAGAAGGUGGCGACCCCUGUUGGCAGGAAUUCAUGAACUUGCUACUGCAGAUGGUAUAAAUCCUCUUGUUGCUGAUGACCGUGCCUUGGCUGCAGAUGCUUUGCCUAUUGAGGCUGCUCUUGCGAUGAUAACUCCUAGCUGGGCUGCUUCUUUUGCAUCACCUCCUGCUGCUAUGGCAUUGGCGAUGAUUGCUGCUGGUGCCGCUGGAGGAGAAACCACUCCUCCUCCAACUUCUUCACAGUUGAGGCGCGACUCUUCAUUGUUAGAGCGGAAAACAACUAAACUUCAUAAUUUUUCAAGCUUUCAGAAACCUUUGGAGGCACCUAAUAAAUCUCCAGCUGCUGCCAAGGACAAGGUUGCUGCAAAAGCAGCUGCCCUGGCUGCUGCAAGAGACCUUGAACGCAAUGCAAAGAUUGGUUCAGGACGAGGUCUAAGUGCUGUGGCAAUGGCUACAUCGGCGCAGAGACGGCAAAAAAGUGAUACAGAACGUGUUAAGAGAUGGAAUGUUUCUGAAGCCAUGGGAACAGCCUGGUUGGAAUGCUUGCAGUCAGUUGAUUCAAAAUCCGUGUAUGGAAAGGACUUCAAUGCUCUAUCCUAUAAAUAUGUUGCUGUCCUAGUAGGAAGUUUAGCUUUGGCUAGAAACAUGCAACGAUCUGAGGUUGAGAGGAGGUCACAAGCUGAUUUAAUAGCUCGGCACAGGUUAUACACUGGAAUUCGUGAGUGGUGCAAGCUGAUUCAUUGCUUGAUCGAGAUGAAAUGUCUUUUUGGGCCUUCUUGUGAUCAUUUAUACAAUUCUCAACGCGUUUUCUGGAAGCUGGAUUUUAUGGAAAGUUCUUCAAGGAUGAGGAGGGUUUUGCGGAGGAACUACCAAGGUUCAGAUCACUUUGGUGCUGCUGCAGAUUAUGAAGAUAAUUUAGUGCAGAAGCAUGAGAAAGACAGAGUCAUCAGUCCAUCCAAAGCUUCUAUCUUAGCUGCAGAAGCUAUCUCAAUUGAGGUAGGAAAUGAAGGGGAUGAACAAGGAGAUGUUGUCCAUCUGGAUGGUAGCCCAAAUGACAUCGAACAACAUGGUGAAUUUCAGACAAGAUCAUCUGGAUUUGCUGAACAACCAUUGCAAAUGACAACAGAGCCUAGUGAUCCUCCAGUGACCAACGAUCCAGUGUUGCCAAUAGCAUCAGCUGUUGCCCCAGGCUAUGUUCAUAGCGAACAUGACGAAAGAAUAGUUCUUGAGCUCCCAUCAUCAAUGAUCCGACCACUAAAGGUUCUGAGAGGAACUUUUCAAAUAACAACGAGAAGAAUCAAUUUUAUUGUUGAUAACACCGAGCAGAUUGACGUAGGAGAUGGUUUGGACAGCAAGACUGCAAACAGGGUUCAAGAGAAGGAUCACAGCUGGUUGAUAUCAUCACUUCAUCAAAUAUAUAGCAGAAGAUAUCUUUUGAGAAGAAGUGCACUGGAAUUGUUUAUGGUUGACCGAUCAAAUUACUUCUUUGAUUUUGGGGCAACUGAUGGACAAAGAAAUGCAUAUCGAGCUAUUGUUCAAGCUCGUCCUCCUCAUUUGAACAAUAUCUACCUUGCAACUCAGAGACCUGAACAACUUUUAAAAAGAACUCAGCUUAUGGAACGUUGGGCUAGGUGGGAGAUCAGCAAUUUUGAAUAUUUAAUGCAGCUUAAUACAUUGGCUGGACGUACUUAUAAUGACAUUACACAGUAUCCUGUAUUCCCAUGGAUCCUUUCUGAUUACAGCUCAGAUAAUUUGGAUCUUUAUAAUCCUGCUACUUAUCGAGAUCUCUCAAAGCCCGUUGGUGCAUUGAAUGCUGAUAGAUUAAAGAAAUUCCAAGAGAGAUACUCCAGUUUUGAUGAUCCAGUCAUUCCCAAGUUCCAUUAUGGUUCACAUUAUUCAACAGCUGGAACGGUGCUGUAUUACCUCAUGAGACUGGAACCUUUUACUACUCUUUCUAUUCAGCUUCAAGGUGGCAAGUUUGAUCAUGCGGACAGAAUGUUCUCAGACAUUGCUGCAACUUGGAAUGGAGUUCUCGAGGACAUGAGUGAUGUAAAGGAAUUGGUCCCUGAACUAUUUUAUCUCCCAGAGGUUUUAACCAAUUUAAACUCAAUUGAUUUCGGUAUGACUCAACUGGGAGGAAAGAUUGACUCAGUUCAGCUUCCUCCUUGGGCUGAAAAUCCAGUGGAUUUCAUCCAUAAGCAUCGGAUGGCACUUGAGAGUGAGCAUGUUUCAGCGUAUUUGCAUGAAUGGAUCAAUCUCAUAUUUGGGUACAAGCAACGUGGAAAGGAAGCCAUACAGGCAAGCAAUGUUUUCUUCUACAUCACUUAUGAAGGAACAGUCGAUAUUGAUAAAAUAUCAGACCCAGCACAACAACGAGCUACACAAGACCAGAUUGCUUACUUUGGCCAAACCCCAUCACAACUUCUUAGAGUACCUCACAUGAAAAGGAUGCCACUGGCUGAUGUCCUACACAUGCAGAGUGGAACAUAAAUUCCCUGGAUCAAAUAUCGGCAUGUGCGGGUUUAAUCCACUGUAGGGUUGCUAGAGACACUGAAUGGGUUGGGGGUGUUAGGGCAACGUCCUCGCAGUACGCUACAUGGAUAUUUUCUUGUACGGGCCUUAAAAUCUUUAUGGGCAUAGGCUAGGGUUAGUAUAAAUAAUAAUAUUGUAACCCUAUUUUUCAUACUGGAUAAUAUUAUCUCCGUUUCGCUCUCGUGGAUGUAGGUACACUGCCGAACUACGUAAAUUCUUGUGUUGAUUUCUCUAUUUUAUCUCUUUAUUAUUGCGCCUUAAUCCAACAGUAACUUAGCCUCUUAAUGUGUGGGUUUUCUCGUGGUGCUCCUUGGUUGACGGAAUCCUUGUCAACGUACGACUCUGUGGUGUUCAGGAAUCUACACAAUUCAGUCCAUGUGUGGCAUUGUGGUAUCAUCGAAUUUCUAAGAUGUGUCGGUAGGUGACUAGUUGGGUUGUGAUUUCUGCUCGAUUGUCUAAGAUUGGUGCGUAGUGGGUAAGAAGUGUUCAGGCUGUAAUCUGUUGCCGAUUGUCUACAUUGUUGGUGAUUGGAAUGUAGUUGAUGAUGUGAUUUUUGGCUAUAGUGAUUUGGUCUGUGGUAAUUUGGAGUGUCGUGAUUCCUUGUAGUGGUGUUUUAGGCUGUGAUGAUUUGGGCCUGAGUUAGGUCUUUUCUUCCUUGGAUCAAUUGGUUUGGGCUUACGUUAAUUUGGGGGGUUUGGUUCAGUUUGUGGAUUAGGUUAAUUUUUUAGUGUUUGUUUGAUUGGUGAUCUCUUUGAAGGCAUGUCGAUUGAAGCUUUUUGUGUUAAAUUUACGGGAAAGAAUUAUUUCACAUGGAAAUUUCAAUUUAAGAUGUUUUUAAAAGGGAAGGAGAUUGAGGUCACAUUUAUUGGUCCUUAAAGGCGCCUAAAGAUGCUAAAGAUCUAAGUGCAGGAAAUGAAGGAUGCUCAUAUUAUUUCUUGGAUGCACAUGGUGAAUAAUUUACGCUCUUUUACUACUGCUAAAGAGGUGGGAGUAUUUAAAACGCAUCUAUUAUCAAGAUAAUAAUGCACGGAGAUUUCUAUUGGAGUUGAAAUAGCUAAUUACACCCAAGGUAAUUUUACUAUUGAGCAAUGUUAUUUGGGUUUUCUGAACUUGUGGAGUGAGUAUUCCAAGAUAAUUCGUGCUAAGAUCAUUGCGGUGGCCUUAUAAGCAUCUGCUAGAGAUUCAAGAGGUUAGUAAGCACGAUGAGUUUCUUAUGAAAUUACGACCCAAGAGUACAGUGGUUCGAGCGGGUUUAUUGAAUUGUGAUCCAUUGUCUUUGUUGGAUGUGUUUGGGUGAACACUUUCGCGAUGAGCAACACUAGCUACUCAAUCUAAUAUUGGAGCUGAUAUAUUCUUAUAUGAUGUGGUAAUUGUUGCACAUACUACCUAAGGGUAAGGAAAGGGUGAACUCCAGUUUUUCUCCUGCAAAAUAUAUAACCAUAUUGCUCGUACUUGUCCUCAAAGGGUCUACAAUUAUUGCAAGCAACCAGAGAAUAUCACCAAGAAGUGUCCUACACGGCCUCAAAACUGGAAGGCUUGGCCAUUUCAAGCCGAUGUCCAGGACCUGCUCUCGUACUUCCACUAGCUAGCACCAUAAACUAGUUUUUACUCUAGAAAUGGUACAACAAAUGAUUGUUUCAAUCUUCUAUGCCUUAAGCUUAUAGGGUAACAGUCAAGCUAUUUCUUCUCCUUAGUUUGUUAUCUUAGGGGCGUCAAAUCAUAGACAACAAACAAUUGUUUUAGCCUUCUCUACAUUAGGCCUACAAGGUAAUGGUCAAAUUGUUUCUUCUCCUUAGUUUGUCGACUCUGGGGAAUCAAUUCAUAUGUAGUUCUGAUUCCUUGCACAACAUUCGACGCUACACUUGUGAACAACACAUUGAAAAUUCCAAUGGCAGUACCCUCUCAAUUACUGCUUUUGGUGACAUUGAUUCUUCUUUUAAUAAUGUUUUUAUAUCUUCGAGUUUAUCUACUAACUUGAUUUCGGUUGGACAAUUGGUUGAUAAUUGUAUGUUUUUCUCAUACUGGUUGUCUUGUGCACGAUCAGUGGCCGAGCAGGUGUGAGGGGGCCUAAAGUCGGAUGAUUAUUUCCAUUACAGUUUACAAUGCCUUUCACUAUAUUUUUGUUUUGCAUUAAUGUUGGACUUGAACAUGAUAUUUGACACAAGAAAUUAAGUCAUCCUUGUGGUUUAAUUUUGUCUCAUUUAUCGAAAUAUGGUUUUUUUGGACAAUAAAGAUCAAUUUCAGUCCUCCAAUUUGACUCUUAAUUGUGAUAUUUGUAAACUUGGGAAAAGGAAAACUCUUCCAUUUUUGAAUUAUGAGAGUCAUGUCGAUAAAUGCUUUAAGAUUAUUCAUAGUGAUGUUUAGGUGUGGCACCCCUCAUUUCACAUGUUCAUUAUAAAUAGGAAAAAUUGCAGCAACGAUCCCUAACCUUUCCCUUUUUUGCAGACUUUACCCUAACCUUCAUUUUAUUCUAACGGAGGUUCCUAACCUUUCAUAUAUAUGCACUUGAGGUUCAUCUGGACGGAAACCAUCCAAAAUACCAUAAGUUGACCGGAAAAAUUAAGGAAUCAACAUCCAAUAAAAUCGUCCAAAAUAUUGUCCAAAAACACCGUCCAAAAAGGUAUCAACAUCAACAUCCAAUAUAACUGUCAUGAUAGCAGAUAGUUCAAAAAAAAUUUCCAAUCAACUGAUUGUGUUUUGGACGAUUUCCAUCCAGAUAGACAUCAGGUACAUAUUUAUGAAAUGUUAAGGAUCUUCGCUGGUACAAAAUGAAUGUUAGAAUAAAAUCUGCAAAAAACAAAAAGGUUCGGGACUGUUGCUGCAAUUUUCCCUUAUAAAUAUUCUGUAACCUUUAUUGAUAUUUUAGUCGUUACACUUGGAUAUAAUUCUUAUAUCUAAAAGUGAUUUUGUAGCUUAUAUUGAGACACGGUUCUCUUCCAGUAUUCAAAUUUUGAGGUCCGACAACGAUGGGGAAUACAUGUCUCAUGAUUAUCAGUCUUUCUUACAAAAAAGGGGGAUACUCUCUCAACACUCUCGUUUGGAUAUUCCUUAACAGCACAUGGGAGCCAAAAGAAAUAAUCGUCACUUGUUAGAUAUCCAAGUUUUGCUCUUAGAAUUUUCGGUUCCGCCUAGAUUUUAGGUUGAAUCCCUCUUCACAGUUGUACAUCUAAUAAAUCGACUUCCUACUCUGCACACCUGUAUGGUAUACAUCCUAGCUAUGACAGGUUGUAUACUUUUGGGCGUGUUUGCUUUGUUCAUUUGCCUUCUCAUGGAUGUUAUAAAUUUGGUGCGCAAUCCAUGCAAUGUGCUUUCAUGGAUUACAAUAUUGCUCAUAAGGGUUUUGUUUGUUAUGAUGGUGUUACUAAUUAUUUUCAUCUCUCUCGAAAUGUGGUUUUCUUUGAGAAUCAGUAUUACUUUCAGCAACAUGUCAUGUCCCCUAAUUUAACCUCACUCCUUAGUUUUGAGGAUGGCUCUCGUUCCAUCGAACAUUUUAAACCAGUUUUGAGGAUGUCCUCCAGCCCCACUGCCCUUUCCUAACCCUAAUCCCCUUCCAGACUCUACUUCUCUUAGGUGAUCCACUUGCAUCACUUAGCCUCCCGAUCGGUAUAGUUUGUCCGCAACCUUAUCUCAUAUCAACGUUCCUAUUUUUUAUUCUCAAGCAGUUACUCAAAACUUGUUAGGAGAAAACAAUGCAAGAGGAACUUCGAGCUCUUAAGGAGAACUACACAUGGGAUACUGUUCCUUGUCCUCUUGGUGUCAAUCCUAUUGGGUAUAAGUGGAUCUAUUCUUAAGUUAUGCUUUGAUGAAUCUCUAGAUCAAUAUAAAGCUCAGUUGGUGGCUCUUGGUAAUUGUCAAGAAUAUGGUGAGGAUUAUAAGGAGAGUUGUCCUUUUUGCCGAAAUGACAAUGGUUCAUACCGUUCUUGCCAUAGCUGCGUCCAAGGGAUGGUUUUUGCGACAAUUGGAUGUCAAGAAUGCUUUAUUGCAUGGCGAUCUUAAGGAAGAGAUUUAUAUGUCACGCCACGGAACUAUUCUCUUUGCCCUCUUUUGAUAUUUCUAAACUAAAACGUUUGUUUUAUGGGUUGAAACAGGCUCCUCAUGCUUGGUUUGUCAAGUUUCAUUCCACUCUCCAGGGGUUCUCAAAUACUGAGAGUUAGUAUGAUUUGUUGUUAUUUAUCUCUAACAGCGAGGCAGGUAUUGUGCUUCUUGUUUAUGUGGAUAAUAUAGUUAUUAUUGAAAUUGACUCUGGAUUGAUGUCUCAUCUUCAAGACCGUCUCAAGGAGUCAUUUCAUGUACAAGAUUUGGGAUCUUUACAGUAUUUCUUACGUCUUGAGAUGCUUUCAAAUCCAGUUGGGACUUACCUACAUCAACAUAAGUAUAUAAAGGAGCUGAUUUUAUUAGCUAGCCUUCAGGACGGUCAAUCUGUUGAUAUUCCUUUAGAGGUGAAUGUGUAGAAUCGCAAGGAGGGUAAUCUUCUUGAUCCCUCGUAUCUCCAGUUAAUAGGUAGUUUGAAUUACCUCACUAUUACAUAAUUCGAUAUUUUCUUUGCUGUCCAAGAAGUUUGCCAAUUUAUGCAUGCACCACAACACCUCCCACUUGGUUGCUGUUCGUCGCAUUAUUAGAAGGGUGUUUGAGCCCUUUUUUUUUAAAAAAAUGCAUUUUAGAA